UAUAAUUUCGACGAGUUGAUCCUUCGUUUCGGCGCAAAACGUUGAACGCGAGCGCAUACCUGGCAUAUACAUACGGAAUCGCGUCCCACGAACGAUAUGUAAAUAUUUCACUUUCGCGUGUGUCCGGCGAGGCGCCGAAAUCCACGCUCUGCACGUCGUCGGAUUCUCCUGUACCGGUCUCGAUCCCCGGCCUCGGCAGAACAACCAGCGUCGCUCGCCGGUUAUUCGUCGCGUGAACGCGAAUACGGUGGCGACGGGCAGAGAAUCAACGCGGCGUAAGCUGAGAUAUUCGGAAGGGGAAAACAACGAUGUUUAUGCCGGGGUCGGAGAGAAGGAUGUUCGUGCGACUGCUGCGGGCCGCGCUCGAUCAUUACUCGUCGUUUCAUUAGAAUAUCGCCGAUAAAGGGGGUUUAAUUACAAAGCCAGUCGAUUCAUUCCCGGUGGUAACUACAGCGGCCGCUGUUACCGACAGGCCGGGUCGCAUCACAGACGGCCGAUGUUCACUACGGAGCACUACGGAGUCAGUUGAUCCAAGAUGGCGACGCCCAAUGAGCUGUCCCUCGAGGAGAUUCGCAACUACCUGCUGGAAAACGGGGGCACGGCGCGCAAUCACGACCUGGUGAAGCAUUUCAAGCGGUUCCUGACGGACCCGGAGACACGAGUCGAGGCGAGGAAUCGUUUCAAGGAGUACGUCAACAUCCUGGCCACCAUAAAGAACGAGGAGGGUGAAAAGUACUUGGUCCUCAAGAAGAAAUACCGGCAACCCUUCUUAGACCUUUCGUCCCCUAAGCAAGUGGGAUCUCCUCUCGCCACCUCCGACUUAACCACUCCGGUUUCUCCUCUACGCGAGCCUCCACCUUACCGGCCGCCACCUCCUGCACCCCUCAGCCCGUCCUCGAGUAGUUCUCAUGCGAGUCUUGAAGAAAGUGCGACGCCGAUAUCCGCGCGCGAAAAAAAUGACGAUUCGGAGCCCAGCACGUCGAUGUCAUCGCCCCCUGUUCCACCACGUCGCAAAAGUCAGGACAAGCUCAAGGUGGAGAACAAGGAAAACGUCGAUAGAAAUCGGAACAGCUCCUCGGAAGCCAUCAUAAAGGAGGAUGAAGCUGUAACGACGACGAAUCCCUCUUCGGCUGAACAACUCAGCGUUCGCGAACGGAUGCAACGCUUCAAUCGAAUGGCCAGCGAAACCGAUCUUCCUGCCCGGCCUAACGAUACGACUGCCCCUACUAGAAAACGAGCGGAUAAGGGCGCCGACGAGGAUGACAGCGCUUCCGUUGCCUCGCAACUGGAUGGAAAAUCGCGGGAGUGGCUGGUCAGGGCGGCGCAGGGGGACUACCAGGCGCUGGCGAAACUCGCAGCCGAGGAACCUCGUCUCACCAGGCUCAAGGAUCCGACUUCCGGCUAUACGGCUUUACAUUGGGGCGCCAAACACGGCGACGAGAACAUCGUUAAAUUAAUAGCAGGAACCUACAGAGACUGCAUCAAGAGUGUCAAUGAGACUACGAAUGGGGGCUACACGCCGCUGCAUAUCGCCAUGCAAUUCGGCCACGAGAACAUAUUCAAUCUCUUAGUUCAAGUAUAUGGCGCGAAUCAGGAUUUACGUGACCACAGCGGUAGGAAGGCUAGGCAAUAUCUGGCUUCGCAAGAGGCGGCAGUCAGCCAGGAUACGUUCCACAAAAUAAAAGCAAGGAAAAAGCAUGCAGAGAAAGAUCUUGGUUUCCUACGAAUUGGCUCGUUGAACGUUCGCGUGAAACGUACUACGGAAGCCUUCAGCCAAUUCCUGGGUGUGGCAACCAGCAGUACGGCUAGCAACAACAACGAGAAGAUUCAUAAAUCGUGGGGAUCCGCGGAUAACGUUCAGUUGGAGCAGAAGCUGAUGCCACCGCCGAAGUAUGCGCCCAUCAAGAAACGCAGGAGCAGACGGCCGCAGGAUUUCAGUUCGUCGCAGGAACAACAGCAGGUUGCCAGUCAGCCGACUACUCCGUUGCUGCAAGGCAAGGUCAGCCGACCGAACCGGGCUGUUCAGCGUCGACCAAUGUCCACGGCGUCGGCUAGCUCCAGCUCUAUCACGUCCGGCGGGGCCCAGCAGAACGGUGAUUCCGACUCUGACACGGCGUGCGGUUUCGAUUCUGCAUGGCGAGGAUCGGCACAACUGUAACUGUAGCCCAAUUCGUCAUCCUAGCGUCGAUCUCACACUUAUUCGACUGCACAAAGCGUAAGAAGGCUUCGAUCCUGAGAAGCUUCAGGGACUGACGGCGAUACCUCUGGCAAUACUUUCAAAAUGGCAAUAGAAACAAAAGUCUACGAUUUUCGC